AUGGCGGCGGCGGAGAGCGGUGCGAGCCCGUCCGUGCGGGGCGGCGGCCGCGCCCCGACUGCGGGGGGGGCGGUGCCGGGAUGGGCGUGGCCUGCGCCAGCGAACCAAUCAGCGCCCCGCACCUACUGCAGGUGGGCGGGAACAACGCGUCUGGACCAAUCAGCGCCUCGCAAUGGUCGCGCGCCGCCCUCCCGCCGCAGCUCGGCGCUGGUGCGCAUGCGCAUAACGAUGGGGCCCACGCAGUUGCCAUGGCAGCAGAGGGAGAAGGAGAAGCUGCGCCUGCGCGCGGCUGGGGGGGCGCGGUGCACGACGGGAGUUGUAGUCCCACGAUCGCUCCGCACAACGGAAAGGGGUCGCGGGGAGGAUCUCGGCGUGGUCUCGGUGAAUGGUGGGCGGGGCCUCUGGCGGGCGGCCAAUGGGGGGCCAGGGGGCGGGGCCAGCGGGGCCGCCGGGACUCGGGGGGAAGCGGCGGUCGCGGAGCGAGGGGUCUCCUGGCAGCCCCGUGACCCCCCCGUGCCCCCCCAGGAGAACGAGGUGGACGCCAUCCACCCCGGUUACGGUUUCCUGUCGGAGCGCGCGGAUUUCGCCCAGGCCUGCGUGGACGCCGGCGUUCGCUUCGUGGGGCCGCGGCCGGACGUGGUGCGCAGGAUGGACCCCUGUUUUUUGGGGGUCCCCUGGAAUUUGGGGAGCCACUUUUUGGGGGUCCCGCAGGAGCUGGAGGAGAACUUCUCCCGCGCCACCUCGGAGGCGUUGGCCGCCUUCGGCAACGGGGACCUGUUCGUGGAGAAAUUCAUCGAGCGCCCGCGGCACAUCGAGGUCCAGAUCCUGGGUGACUCCCACGGGAACGUGGUGCACCUGUACGAGCGGGACUGCUCGGUGCAGCGCCGGCACCAGAAGGUUGUGGAGAUCGCCCCGGCAGCGCGGCUGCCCCCGGAGCUCCGCGCCCGCCUGGCCGACGACGCCGUGCGCCUGGCGCGGCAGGUGGGCUACGAGAACGCCGGCACCGUGGAGUUCCUGGUGGACCAGAGCGGCGAUUAUUACUUCAUCGAGGUGAACUCGCGGCUGCAGGUGGAGCACACGGUCACCGAGGAGAUCACCGAUGUGGACCUGGUGCACGCCCAGCUGCAGGUGGCCGCGGGUCGCUCUCUGCCGGAGCUGGGGCUGGAGCAGGAGCGGAUCCGCGUCAACGGCUGCGCCAUCCAGUGCCGCGUCACCACCGAGGACCCCGCGCGCGGCUUCCAGCCCGACACCGGCCGCAUCGAGGUGUUCCGCUCCGGGGAGGGGAUGGGGAUCCGCCUGGACGGGGCCUCGGCGUUCCAGGGCGCUCUGAUCUCGCCGCACUACGACUCGCUGCUGGUGAAGGUGGUGGCCCACGGGCCGGACCAGCCGGCGGCCGCAGCCAAGAUGAGCCGGGCCCUGGCCGAGUUCCGCAUCCGGGGGGUCAAGACCAACAUCCCGUUCCUGCAGAACGUUCUGGCACACCCGCAGUUCCUGGCGGGCGCGGCCGACACGCAGUUCAUCGACGAGAACCCCGAACUGUUCCACCUGCGGCCGGGGCAGAACCGCGCCCAGAAACUGCUGCACUACCUGGGUCACGUGAUGGUGAACGGGCCCAGCACCCCCCUGCCCGUGAAGGCGAAGGCGGCGCUGGUGGAGCCCCCCCCCCCCCCGGUGCCCAUGGGAGCCCCCCCGGCGGGGCUGCGGGCGGUGCUGCAGCGGGAGGGUCCCGGGGGCUUUGCGCGGGCGCUGCGGCGGCACCGGGGGCUGCUGCUGACCGACACCACCUUCCGCGACGCCCACCAGUCCCUGCUGGCCACGCGCGUCCGCACGCGCGACCUGGCCCGGGUCGCGCCCUUCGUGGCCCACGCGCUCAGCCCCCUCUGCAGCCUGGAGACCUGGGGAGGUGCCACCUUUGACGUGGCCAUGCGGUUCCUGCACGAGUGUCCCUGGGAGCGGCUGCGGGAGCUGCGGCGCCUCGUCCCCAACAUCCCCUUCCAGAUGCUUCUGCGCGGCGCCAACGCCGUGGGCUACACCAACUACCCCGACAACGUCGUGCACCGGUUCUGCGAGGUGGCGGUGGCCAACGGCAUGGACAUCUUCCGCAUCUUCGACGCCCUCAACUACGUGCCCAACCUGCUGCUGGGCGUGGAGGCCGCGGGCAACGCCGGCGCCGUGGUGGAGGCCGCGCUGUCCUACACCGGCGACGUGGCCGACCCCGCGCGCACCAAGUACGGCCUGGACUACUACCUGGGGCUGGCCCGCGAGCUGGUGGCCGCGGGGACACACGUGCUGUGCAUCAAGGACAUGGCGGGGCUGCUGACCCCCGCGGCCGCGCGGCUGCUGGUGGGGGCCCUGCGGGAGCAGCACCCCGAGGUGCCCCUGCACGUCCACACCCACGACACGGCCGGCGCCGGCGUGGCCUCCAUGCUGGCCGCGGCCCAGGCCGGCGCCGACGUGGUGGACGUGGCCGUGGACGCCAUGUCCGGCAUGACCUCCCAGCCCAGCAUGGGCGCCGUGGUGGCCUGCGCGCGGGGGACGCCGCUGGACACAGGCAUCUCCCUGGAGCGCGUGUUCGAGUACAGCGAGUACUGGGAGGGGGCGCGGGGUCUCUACGCCGCGUUCGACUGCACGGCCACCAUGAAGUCGGGGAACGCCGACGUGUACGAGAACGAGAUCCCGGGGGGGCAGUACACCAACCUGCACUUCCAGGCCCACGCCAUGGGGCUGGGACACAAGUUCAAGGAGGUCAAGAAGGCCUACACCGAGGCCAACAAGCUGCUCGGGGACCUCAUCAAGGUGACGCCGUCCUCCAAGGUGGUUGGUGACCUGGCGCAGUUCAUGGUGCAGAACGGGCUGUCCCGCGCCGAGGUGGAGGCGCGGGCAGACGAGCUCUCCUUCCCCCAGAGCGUGGUGGAAUUCCUGCAGGGACACAUCGGGGUCCCCCCGGGGGGCUUCCCCGAGCCCUUCCGCUCCCGGGUGCUGAAGGACCUGCCGCGGGUGGAGGGGCGCCCGGGGGCGUCGCUGCCCCCGCUGGAUUUCGAGGCGCUGGGGCGGGAGCUGGGGGCGCGGCACGGGGCCCCCCCCAGCCCCGAGGAGCUGCUCUCGGCCGCGCUCUACCCCAAGGUCUACGACGAGUUCCGCACCUUCAGCAGCACCUUCGGGCCCGUGGCCUGCCUGGGCACCCGCCUCUUCCUCGAGGGGCCCGCCAUCGCCGAGGAGUUCGAGGUGGAGCUGGAGCGGGGGAAGACGCUGCACAUCAAGGCUCUGGCGCUCGGGGACCUGAACGCGGCCGGGCAGCGCGAGGUUUUCUUUGAGCUCAACGGGCAGCUGCGCUCCAUCCUCGUCAGGGACACGCAGGCGCUCAAGGAGAUGCACGUGCACCCCAAGGCCGAGAAGGGGGCCAAGGGCCAGGUGGGGGCCCCGAUGCCGGGGGAGGUGGUGGAGGUCCGGGUCAAGGAGGGGGCCACGGUGGCCAAGGGGGACCCCCUGUGCGUCCUCAGCGCCAUGAAGAUGGAGACGGUGGUGACGGCGCCCGUGGGGGGCAAAGUCACCAAGCUCCACGUGCGCCCCGGGCUCAGCCUGGAGGGCGAGGACCUCAUCGCCGUCAUCGAGUAGUUCUGGGGGGAUUCCCCCCUCAUCCUCCCCCCCCCCAAAAAAAAAUCCCCCCUCAAAUAACCCCAAAAACUCCCCCGGAAACGGCCUCGCGAAAAUGGGACGUGGCCCCUUUAAGAGCCCCCCACCCCCGGUGUGGCGCCCCCUGCUGGGGGUUGGGCGGUACAAGGCCUUAAUUGGGGGGGCGUGUCUUAAUUGGGGGGGGCCACGUCUUAAUUAGGGGGUGCCCUGUGAAGGGGGGGACGCCUCAUUUUUUGGGGGAGAGGGGACCCCAAUUUGGGGGGGGGUCGCUCAUUGAGGGGGGGUGUCUCUGUUUUUGGGCGGUACGAUCCAUUUUGGGG